AUGUCAUCCCCAUACUUUUCCAGCGUCCUCGUCUUCGGCGCCACUGGCGAAGUCGGCUCCGCCGCUGCCCUCGAGGCCCACGCCCGCGGUGCCCGCGUCACUAUAGCCAUGCGAGACAUCGCCAAGCACAAUGAGUGGAUCUCCUCCGAACAGGAGCGUGCUGCCGGCCUACAGCGAAUCACCGCCGACCUGACCAUUCCUGAGGCCGUGACACGCGCCGUUCACCAGACUGGAGCCCAGGCGGUCUUCAUAUACGCGGUUCGCUCCAGCGACUUGAUGCGUGGCGCCAUCACCGCGCUCCGGGACGCUGGCAUUCAGCACGUCGUAUUCCUGUCAACCGGACAGGUGAAAACCGCGGGGGCCACCAAGGAUGACAUCCGCUCCAUCAAGUCCGACCACUUUAUCCCCUGGCAGCACGCGCAGAUUGAGAAGGGACUGGAGGAGAUCGGUCUUCCGCACACAGCACUGCGAGCGGGCUUUUUCGCCAGCAAUCCGCUACGGAUCUAUCUCGAUAGGUCUGUGGAGCCGAAACAGGUUAAUCUGCUAGCGCCAGAGGUGCUCCAUGAUCCUAUCGACCCGGCGGAUAUCGGCAGGGUGGCUGGUGCCAUACUAGUCAACCCGCGACAGUACGCUAACGGCUACCAAGCGACGAAUGGGUCGACUCCCCGCAAGGAUAUCAUCUAUCUCAACGGGCCGGCACUGCUAUCGCAGGCUGAGCAGUGGGACAUCAUCAACCGGGAGCUUGCUGCGGCGGGGAAGUCCCCGGUCAAGGUCAACCACGUCACCGUCGAGCAGUACCUCAAAAACCUGGCUGCGCUGAAUGUCCCGCAUGUGGUGGCCAAGUCCCUGGCUAAGUCCAUGGUAGAGACAAAAGCGCUGUACGCGCUCGAGGACUUUGAGAAGCAGAGGGGCAACGUCGGGCUCCUAACUGACCGGGAGGCGACGAGCUUUGAGGAUUUUGUGAAGAGGGAGAUUCCAAGAUACUUGUAG